GUUGAUAGAGGGAGUCCAAGUAGUCUAUCGAGUCGCGAAGAGAAAUUACUUUUUUCGCCGAGCAGCAGGCAGGGCUGUGAACAACCUUGGCUUUCGACUCGGCCCCGACCGACGACAUCGGAGCCGCCGACGCGUUGCUGUGGCCGAAUAGUUGCAGUGCAGGUUCGCCCGACCGCCGAAUCGUGGCCGAAAAAGUGGCGUCGCGAUGACAACGCGAGGGUGGUUUCAUCCCAACAUCUCAGGCAUCGACGCCGAAAAUCUGCUGAAGGAGCGCGGAUAUGAAGGAAGUUUCCUCGCCCGACCCUCGAACAGCAGCCCCGGAGAUUUCACCCUCUCUGUCAAAAGGAAUGGAGAGGUGACGCACAUCAAAAUCCAGAACAAUGGCGACUUCUACAACCUCUUCAGCGGGGACAAGUUUGCCACCCUGUCCGAGCUGGUGCAGCACUACAUGGAGAAUCAGGGCCAGCUGCGGAUGAAGAAUGGCGAAAUCAUCGACCUGCGACACCCCCUCAACUGCGCUGACCCGACAACGGAAAGGUGGUUCCACGGACACCUCUCGGCGAAGGAGGCCGAAAAGAUGAUCAUCGACAAGGGGAAGAACGGAAGCUUUUUGGUGCGCGAGUCGCAGAGCAAGCCCGGCGACUACGUCCUCUCGGUCAGGACGGAGGACAGGGUCACCCACGUCAUGAUCAGGUGCCAGGAUGGCAAAUUUGAUGUUGGAGGUGGUGAGCGUUUUGUGAGCCUCUCGGACUUAAUCGAGCAUUACAAGAAGAACCCAAUGGUUGAAACGAGUGGCACUGUUGUGCACCUCAAGCAGCCCUUCAAUGCCACCAGAAUCAACGCCAGCGGCAUUGACAGUCGAGUUAAAGAGCUUCAGAAAGAGAAUGACAAAUUGACCGGCAAGGCUGGUUUCUGGGAGGAGUUUGAGUCGUUGCAGCAGCAGGAGUGCAAGCACCUGUUCUCCAGGAAAGAGGGCCAGAAACCGGAGAACCGCAACAAAAACCGAUACAAAAACAUAUUGCCAUUCGAUGACACGAGAGUGAAACUGCUCCAAGUGGACCCGAACGUUCCUGGCUCGGACUACAUCAACGCCAACUACAUCCAGCCCGAGGAGGAGAUGUACACGGACGAGCCGAAGAAAUCGUACAUUGCGACCCAAGGCUGUUUGCCAAGCACCACUGGUGACUUUUGGUACAUGGUGUGGCAGGAAAACACCAGGGUCAUCGUCAUGACAACCAAAGAAAUCGAAAGAGGGAAGAACAAAUGCGCUAGAUACUGGCCAGAUGAUGGGCAGUUGAAAGAAUAUGGACUGGUAAAAGUGAGAAAUCUAUGUGAAAGUUCCAACGCCGACUACACCCUUCGAGAGUUCCUCGUCAGUAGGGAAGGCGUCCCUGAAGAGAGAAAAGUUUUUCAUUUCCACUUCCAGGCUUGGCCAGAUCAUGGCGUUCCCUCAGACCCUGGCUGUGUUUUGAAUUUCCUGCACGACGUGAAUGCGCGGCAGAGCAGCAUUCCAGACGCCGGACCCAUUUUGGUGCACUGCAGUGCAGGCAUCGGUCGGACGGGCACAUUCAUCGUAGUGGACAUGAUCCUGGACCAAAUCAAGCGUCAAGGCCUCGACUGUGAAAUCGACAUUCAGCGCACAAUCCAAAUGGUGCGGUCGCAGCGGUCUGGAAUGGUGCAGACGGAGGCGCAGUACAAGUUUGUCUACCUCUCUGUGCAGCACUACAUCGAAACCGUCUCCACCAGACUUCAGGCUGAACAGAGGAGUCUUCAGAUGGGCCGAGACUACAGCAACAUCCGCUACACAAGUGGCAACACCGCCUCUUCCGACCUGAGUGGCAACAUCAACAGGGUAACCCCGGCUGUCUCGACGGUUUCUCUCGCAUCCAACUGCAGGUGUGAACCUUCGAUCAACGGUAACGGCAGAUUACCUGUCGAAUCCGAAGUCACCCUUCCAAGGCCACCUGAGGAGUUGCCGCACCAAAUUUACGAGAACAUUCCGCUGAAGGAGCGCAAAAACCCGGCCAACAGCAACUCGAUCAACAUCUGCCCACCCAUGAGUUACGCUCCACCCCCACCCUUACCACGCAAGCCGUAAAAAGGGUGGUUGGUUUCUUCUUCUCUAGUGAGGGUUCCUAACGAAUUUCCCCCAACCCCUAACAACAAAUUUUGAAUGAGUCGUGAAUUUGCAAAUUCGCUUCGGUCGGAAAUUUUCGAAUUGAUUAACGUCCCUCUUUGUCAAACCAGAGACUAGCAUUUUUACUGCCUAUAUUUGUUCCCCGCUGGGAGAAAUUUCGUUACAUUAUAAAUAUACUUUUUUUUUCUUAAUUAUUAUAUAUUGCACUUUGAAUUGUGCGUUCGAAUUGAACCCUAACUGCCUGUUGUACAUUUUGUUUCACUUAUUUUGAGCACAGAUCAAUCCAAUUUCCAUUUGUAUAAAAUAAUUAUUGUUAUCAUUUGUGAGGUAAUUAAUCAAUUGUGUCGAGGGUCCUGCACAAAAGAUGUGUUGAGAAAGAAACAUGUGAUUUCUAAUUUGAGAAGGAAAAUUGAAAAACUGCUGACAUUUUUCCAAAUCUAUUUUUAAUUAAAAUAUUAUUAUGCGGUCACAAGAAUUCCAUCUCUUCUGAUUGACAAAAAUAAUACACAAUUUCACUGUCAGCAUCGCAUUAACUAAACGUUUAACAAUUAAAUAAUUAUUACAUUCUAGUCAAAAUAAAGUAAAAUAGAGUUUAAGAUGCAGAAAUUCUGAGAACAACAGUUAAGCUCUGAAAUAUGUACAAUAAUUAACCAACGUAUAUGAAUGAUUUCUCCCCGCCAUUCUCUCUCUUUCUCUCUCUAAAAAAAGUCGACAAUUUCACACCCUCGUUCAUGGAAAUAUUGAGAAACGUGUCUGGAUGAUUAUCAUCUUUUGCUGACCGCAGCGUAGCUGAAACAGAAAUGCAGAAAUAUUUUUGUAAAAAUUGAGCCAAACGUUUCGUUGAAUAAAAAUUGUUUUUCGCAAAAAGCCAAUGACAGCAGAAAUAUCUGUGUGAGAAAAAAUAGUAAUUGUCUAUGUUGUUACAGAUCAUUUUCAGUUAAUAAAAUACACUGAGAGGCGAAAAUCUGCAUAAUCAAAGUUUGUUUC